AUGGGUUCGCUUCCUUCUCCUCCCCAAGCAACAACACCACCUUCAUCGCCGGAAUCUUCUCCUUCUAGCUAUAGGGUCUAUGCCUCAUUCUGCCACAAGAAUGUUUCCAAUUGGAUAGAAUGUUACAAUCCAUCAAAUAACACGUGGAGUUAUGUUAGCUCAGUUCCUAACCUGAUUGAAAACCAUGUCUUGAAAGGUUUUGCAAUGGUUACAUUAGGCGAUUCAAUUUACAUAAUUGGAGGAUUAUUAUGUCGCAGGGUGCAAGCUCCUAACAGUAUCGAUGAGUCUGACGAAUUUAUCGACGUCGGUGUUGAGGUGCUACCAUCGGUUCUUCGCUACAAUGUUUGUUCUAACCAAUGGUCUCAAAGUGCACCCUUAGGCGAGCCACGGUGCGAUUUUGCUUGUGCUAUAUGCGAGAAUAAAAUUUACGUGGCAGGAGGCAAGUCCAGUUUGGCAAGUAGAAGGGGAAUUUCUUGUGCCGAGGUAUAUGAUCCAAUCCUUAAUGCGUGGAGCCCUCUGCCGAGUAUGAGCACAUUGAGGUACAAAAGUGUAGGUGUGACAUGGCGAGGUAAAAUCCAUGUGGUAGGGGGGUUUGCCAUGAGAAGGGACUCCGAUAAGACGGUGCCGUUUAUAACCGAAAGGAGCUCCGCUGAAGUGUACGAUCCACGAACAGAAAAGUGGGAUCUAGUGGCAGGAAUGUGGCAAUUAGAUGUGCCUCCUAAUCAAAUUGUGGAAGUUGACGGGAGCCUGUUUAGCUCCGGUGAUUGCUUCAAAGCAUGGAAAGGUUACAUUGAAGCCUAUGAUGGGAAGCUCAAAAUAUGGAAUGUUGUUGAUGGAUCACAUUUGCAAACUCUCAACUCACCAAUUUCACCUUCAGAUGACAACAAUGAAAAUUGGCCACCAACCCAACGAAUAUACCUCACUAUGGCACCAAUUGGGACUCGAUUAUUUUUCCUGGCAGGCUAUAGGAAGGCUGGGGAAUUGUCACGUAUAAUGUCCACGGCCCUUAUUUUUGACACUACAGCAACUAGACGUGCAUGGGCGAGCUCUGAGCCCAUGGAAGAGGAGGGGGUGAAGGAACUUUGUAGCCAUUGUUGCGUAGUUAGAAUUUCUGAAACGACAGUUGCAAGUGAAGUGACAAUCUAA